UUGAUCGACACAGGUAAGUCACCUAGAAUAAAAUGAAAUGAAAGUAGGUGAAAUGGGACGGGGGUGUUAUAUUUAAGAUGACAUAGGGAAGUUGUCUAGAUUAAAAUAAAAGUAGGUGAAGUGGGACUUUCCACAACUGGAAAUACCCAGAGUAAUAAACUAGCAAUGGAUUCCUCCAGUUUAACACCCCAAAUUGAAACAGGUAUACAGCAUAUGUCAGAGUCCGUAUUUGUGGGACUGUGUUGUACAGUGGGGACCUCACAACAGGUGGCAAUGCGGAGAGAUGUGACAGACAUUCAGGAGAUGGUGACAAAUAAAGUAAUGACAAGUAACAUGAACACGAGGAUGUUUAGUGGAAGUGAGAGAGAAGGAUUCAGAAUGGAGGGAUCUGAUAUGGAUGGCAUGUUUUGGUUUAAAAACCACCGAGUGAUCUGGGACUUAUCUCAGACUCAGUUUUACAAUGUACACAGACAAUCCCUGAUUCUCUCUGUCUCUUCUGAAAGUCCACCCGGAUUUACUUUACUUCAAUUACUGUCACCAUGGGCAGACAGCAGAGUUUUCUCAGCAUUAGUCACAAUGAAUGGUGGACAUCAUAUAUCAAGUUCUAAAUACAGAGAGAUCACAUGUUCUGAUAUAAUGCCUAACUCUACAGUACAUGGUCCAUGUGGCAGUGGAGUUAUAGGGACACUAGAAUAUGAUGAUGCCCAGUGUUUUGCUUGUGACUUUUGGCCUCCGCUUGCCUCCUCAUGGAUAGACAGAUGUCACACAUGGCCCCACCCACAGGUUGUUAGGGACAUAGUCAGAAGUGGAUGUCACUUUGUAGCAAUAGGACACAAAUUAGGAAACCAUGAAAGCAAUGAAUGGAGAAUUUCAUUUUCCCUGGCAGAACAAAAACUUGUGUACUCAAUGAACCACUGUCAAUUCUUAACUUAUGGUUUGCUGAAAUUGUUCUUAAAAGAAGUCAUUAACAAUGGAUUACGUGAUAAUGAGAAAUUACUGUGUUCCUAUCACAUGAAGACAGCAGUUUUCUGGACGAUUCAACGAAACACAAUACCUAACUGGUGUCCACAGAAUCUCCUGAAAUGUGUCUGGUACUGCUUUAAACUCAUCCUUAAAUGGGUGUAUGAGGGAGUCUGUCCUAACUUUUUCAUUCCAGAAAACAACAUGUUUCUCAGUAAUAUCCACAGUGAAGCACAAAACAGAUUAUUUGUUAGACUGUUUGGUUUUUAUGAAAAAGGUUUAGCAUUCCUACUACACAGUCCCUCCCUCAGGUCUUCUAUCAUGAAUGUCCUUUAUAACCCUAGACUCAGUAUUUGUACUGAUGAACACACUCUGGUAUCUGAGGUCGAGUUUGAUGGAGAAAUGUUCGGUGAGAUAUAUGAAAAUUAUACAACAGCACCCUCAACAGGCCCCUACCUCAUUAUGAAAUACUUAAACACAGUAGAACAGUUGACAAUCUCACCCUUGACACAGUAUCAAGUUGUCAUGUUACAGGUACUUACAGCCUCCAUCCUUCACAGUGCUGCUUUUACAUUACAAAACAUGUACAGCAACACCACUGAAAACAAGCUGAUGUAUAUUGCUGACAGAAUGUCCUGUCACAUGUUGAAACUCACAGCCAAGUUUGGGUGUAUUUCUUACAGGUUGUAUAUUGCAAUGUAUUAUUACAAGACACUCAGGUACACAGAAGCUUUGUCUGUGAUAGAGAUGACAAAGGUCAACUUAGCUCAGCCAUAUGUGAUGAAUAACUGGACAGUAGACACAGAGAGGUAUACCGAGGCUGUAGGGGGGCAGUCCUGGUCUACAAAGUUAAGACAUGCUGUAACAUGGAAUAUCAUAUUAGAUAACAGAAUCAUUUAUAUCAAUGAAUUAAUGACAGAACAGAUGGUUUCCUUACAGAAUCAUAUCCCAGAAUUGUAUAUUCCACCCCUAGUUGUGUUACACAUGCUGGAGUUCCUGUGUUACAGACAUACUGACACAAUGAGAGCACAAACAGCUCUUAAUGAUCUACAGGUCCUAGUUCACCAUGAUCAGGGGCUGUAUGUAGAUGUGGACUUAAGAGACAUAUCAUGGCAGAUCCUGGGUAUCUGUCAACAGAUCUCAGGGAACCUCCAGGCUGCUCUAUACUCCUACCAACAAUCACUCAGACAAUAUCCAUACCAUAAAAUACAAAGUGCCACACUAAUGAGAAUACAAGAACUCUCUAUAUAGUAUUGUACAUUAAUGUGGUUUUAACUAAUGAAUUACUGCUGAUGACACUUCAACUGUCAACUAAGUCAAAUGUGAGGACUUCAGAUUUUUGUGUUAUAAGCAGCUUAAGUUUCCUUUGUCUAUUAACAAUUAAUACUCAUUUUUAUGCCCUUUUACACCAGGAGUGUAAAACACACAUGUUGAUGAGUACAGUGUAAUGUAAAGUACUUGUGUACAAACUCUUAAGGUUUUUUUUUUGGUUUUUUUUUAGAUUUAUGUAUCAACAAACAAUCACUACAAUGUCUAAAUGUAAAUUCAUACACAUAUAUGUUAGUCUAAUUUAUUAUAUUAGAUUUAGUAUAUCCUCUUGCACUAUUUAGUAUAUCCUCUUGCACUAACUGUCAUGUUAAAAAUGAGUUCUUUCCACUCUAGUUGAUAAAGCAGCAUUCAGUUUUAAACUUAUCAAUAUUGCACAUGUACAAUGAACAUCUUUGUUUAAUAACUUCCUUCAUUUUGCUUUCAAUUGUACAUUGUACAUGUAUUUAUCUGGUUUAUUUGGAUUCACAUCCUCUCCAACCCGAUUUUGAAUUGAAAUCAACUUCAUUAAUGAUUACAAAAAAUAAUUCCACUUUCAUGUUUUGAUUGCUAUAUGCACUGGACUCUGUAGUACAAGUCAUAAAGAUGCAUGUAUAUGUAUACUUCUAAACUAUUUAUGGCAUAUGGUGAUGAAAUGGAUGUAAAGUGUUUCAUAGACCUUCAUUAUUAUGUUGGUGUGUUUUGACUUGAAUAUCUGUGGCACUUGUUACUUGGUAUACAUGUAUGUAGUUAUGUGUAUUUUUCAUUUUUGUCCAGUUGUUUGUUUGUUCCUUUCUUUCUUGUUUGACAUACAGUGCUCCUUCGAUAUAUUGCCAACUUUUGUUCAAGACGAAUUUGGGCGAUAAAGUGGGGGUGGCAAUUAACGAAUUCACAAUUACCAACAAUUCACUGAGAAAUUUUUAAAAAUUCAAUAUCAUAAAGUUAGUUGGACUCCAUUCUGUAUAAACAUUCAAAUUAUCUUGAGUUUAAUUCAGGGGGGGGGGGGCACAAUAUCAAUAUAUUGAGGGAGCACUGUACCGUGUAUGUACAUGUAUCAAGCUAUUCACUUGUUUCAUUUUAGCUGUAUUUUAUUAAACUAGAACACAGUUAUUUAUA